UUUAUUCCAUCUUCUUAGUAUUACUUUUAACCCGGUCUGGAACCGCCCAUAUUCUUCCUCAGCUUUCGACUUUCGACUUUCAACUCCCUCCUUCUAUUUUCGACACCGAGAUCACCGCAGUCAACAUGCAGAUCAAGGGCGUUAUCGUUGCCAUCUUGGGCAUGGCGGUCCUGUCAGACGCCGCGAUUGUCAACAGGCGAACUCCCUUUACUCGCACCCUCAAUCGACGACAAUUCGGCGGAGGAGGUGGCAAAUUUGGUGGAAACCAGGGCCAGAACCAGGGCCAGAACGGAAACCAAGGCCAGAACCAGGGCCAGAAUGGAAACCAGGGCCAGAACGGGGGUCAAGAUCAAGCCGAUGGCACCAACAACAACAAUGCUGGAGGCGAUGCGACCCUGGACGCGAACGCUGUCCAAACCGGAUCUCAGCAAGACGGUAACCAAGAGCCGGCAGAUGGUCAAUCGGCUUCCGCGACCGACCAAGCCAACUUUAUCAACUUCUGUUCGGGCCAGACUCUCACCAAUGGUGAGCAGAACACAGGAGGGUCCUGCAACGGAAUCCCAAUGGGUAAAAUCCCGGCCACCAACAAGAUGGUCUCGACCGUGUUUGUCAGCCCGCAGAACGGUGAUGACGUCCAAGAAAACACCGACUUCGACAUCUCGGUCCAGACGUCCGGUCUGUCAGCUGGUACCUUCACCAACGCGCAAACCACAUACUACUCGGCUCCUCAGGAUCUCGACGGCGGCGGCCAGAUCAUUGGUCACACCCACGUCACAGUCCAAGACACUGGAAACUCUCUGAACCCCACCAACGCAUUGGAUGCCACGCAGUUUGCCUUCUUCAAGGGUAUCAACGACGCAGGCAAUGGUCAGGGUCUUCUUACUGCUACUGUGACCGGAGGUCUGCCUGCUGGCAACUACCGCAUCUGCUCUAUGUCUUCGGCUGCGAACCAUCAGCCCGUGUUGAUGCCCGUCGCUCAGCGAGGUGCUCAGGAUGACUGCAUCAGAGUUACUGUCGGUGCCGGUGGAGGCAACAACAAUGGAGGCAACAACAAUGCCAACAAUGGCCAAAACCAGAACAAUGGCGGCAACAACGCCAACAAUGGUCAAAACCAGAACAAUGGCCAGCAAGGUGAUGCCGCUCAGGGCGAUGCCGCGAAUGGCGGACAGCAAGAUGCGAACCAGGGCGACCAAGCCAAUCAGGGCGACCAAGCCAAUCAGGGCGAUGCCGCUCAGGGCGAUGCCGCGAAUGGUGGACAGCAAGAUGCGAACCAGGGCAACCAGGGUAACCAAGCCAAUCAGGGCAACCAGGGCAAUCAAGGAGGCUUUGGAGGAAACAGUCAGUUCUCAAGCUCUUCAACCCAACAAGGUGCUAACGGAAACAAGACGGUUUCAGGCCGGGCCGAGGGCGCGGGCGUGGGCGAGGCCGGGGCAAGGCUUAAGUACUAGGUCAGGCGGCGGAGGAGCAGCUAUGCUACUACGAUCGGCGGUGCCACGGCCCCGGAGGCCUCGGAUACCGGCGAAAUAGCGGCACCCUUCGGGGUAAUACAGAUUUUUUUCACGACUUGAGGCGUAAAGCCUUUGCUCACAGGUUCCGCGUUGGGAUUGUUGCUGUUCCCUUGGGCGAGGAGGUCUCG